CACUGUGUCCUCAUCACCAAGCCUAGAUCCAUUCAUGCAGGAAGUGGUGCAGAUGUGUGACUUUACCCAGCUACCAGCCAUUUCCCUUUAGCAGAUGCCACGCACUGUGCCAGCUCUCAUCUUCUUGCUUCUGAUCUUUUUCAACCUGGAUCCCUGAGAAGAUGGGCGAGUCUCCAUACAGAGAUAUACCAAGCAUAGCCAGAGCUGCAUCCAUUGUGAGAAGUGAAAUAAGACGAUGUUACAGAGAAAUGGAACAAGCUGCACUAGAUUUUGUUUAUUCAGUUGUGUCUGUCCUUGAUGAUGAUUUAGAAAGUCACAGCAGUAGACAUAGAUAUAGACAUAGAUACAGCAGGAGCAGAAGAGAAUACAGGUCUGAUGAAAGACCCGGAAGGGGAAGAUGGAGGAGCCAAAGCAACAGCGGCACAAGUAGCAGAUAUAGCUGGGAGCAAAAUCAAUGGUCUUCAAGCAACAAAACUGCUAAUGCAAGCCUCCGGCCUUCUGACUUUGCACAUUUACAGGGCCGGAUUUCCCAAUUGGGCACCCCGGGGCCACCCCCGGUCGCACGCCCCCCGCCCCCCGUGUGUGCGCCCAGGCCUUUGUUGCCUCUACACAAAUUCGGGCCUGCACAUUUACCCCAGUGUAGCAAUCCGAUCAAUAACAAUUAUUCAUGGAAUUCCACAUGGCAGGCACGGGCUCAGAGGAGCCCUUUAUUAAAGCGUGAUGAAGUUUACAGUGAUAUAAAUGUGGGAAAUGCAGUUAGGGUUAGUGAUUAUGAUCUUUCUGAACAGAGACAGAGGCAAAGCCACAGCCCCAGCAGUAACAGGAGGAGUCGCAACACCCAUAGCAGGAGUCAUAACACCAGGAGGAACGACAGUAGCAGGCACAGCAGUAGCAGCAGAGGUCACAGUAGCAGCAGGUACAGCAGUAGAUAUGGCAGCAGCCCCAGCAGUGCCAGGAGCAGCAGAAAUUCCAAGUCCUAUGAAAGAUCUAAGGUUGACAGGCCCUCCAAGUAUAGUUCAGAUGAACACAGUGGAGGGAGCAAUACAACUCCCUACAGUCCUGGCAGCAAAAGGAGUAGAGACACCAACACUCCUAGUAGCUACAGCCACAGCGUUAGCCAAGGCCGCAGGCACAACCGGGACAGGAGUAGGGAUAAAUGCAAGUAUUAUAAAAGGCCUAGGGUUGACAGCCCAAGCAGCCUACACAGCCCACAAGGCCCAUCCAACAGAGGGGGGAGAAAAACAUCUAUCCUCAGCUCCUGUGGCAACUUGAGCACCAGGUCAGAGGCAGCCUGCGACCGUCCUAUGGGCUCCUCUAGCAGGGAGCAUCCAGGUGAAGUUAUGGCAAAGGACUUUGUGCCCUAUGGGUCCAACGAUGAAUUGCCCUCAGUGUCUGAGGCAUCUGUAAGAGAGAUGAAGGUUGCUAGUAACAGCAUUACUUUAAAACAUAGAGAAGCUAAAGGGGGUGCAAGAGAGGGGAAUGCAUUGAAGGAUAGCGAUCUUGUUGUUUCUGGACAGAGCAAGGGGAGAGAAGGGAAAGGCACAAGCAAUAAACAGGCAAGUGCUGAGGGCCCUGAGGUGCCUAGUGUGUCACAGGACAGCACAUGCCCCGAUAGAAAGAGGAGCAAGAAACAUAAGCACUCUGCUAAAGACAAAACGGAUGAGCUAAAGGCAAAAGAGAGGAAAAGUAGCUCCUCUAAGGAGCAGCGGGGUGGGAAGAGUAGCCACACAGAGCAGCAGGAAAAGGCUACUCACAGCCCAACAGUUGUUGCCAGUUCCUCAUCUGCUAAGGGAGAGUAUAGGAGGGCAAAUAAUCUACAGGUACAAACGGAAACAGCUUUGGGUGAACAUAAAAAGAGCACUGUUUAAGGUCCCUCAGGCCAAAGAUAUUGGGGGGACUGUAAAAUCUCAGGCCAAAAAGCACUUUUUACUAGAGCCUGUUGUAAAGACAGAAAUGGGGCUCACUGAGGAGCUUACUGCGGAGGACUUAAUGUUGGAUUGCGAUAUCAAGGAGGAGUAUAUCAGCGACGGCAGCUAUGGAGACAGCGCCACUUUUACAGAUGAGAAUUAGUUAUUAAAAUGCCUGUAAAAAGCCCAAGCUUAUUUAGUGGGGGGGGGGGGGGUUCUGCUAAAAGCUAUCAGUUUGCUCUGAUGAAUGAAAACAGGCUUAGGUAUGCCUUGACCCUAGAUAAUGUAGAAACUGUUAACGGGGCGUCUUUGUUGAUUAAACAUACAGGUAUAGGACCCAUUAUCCAGAAUG